AUGAUCUAUGGCAAUAAUAUUGAAUACUUAGAGGGUCUUGAUUCAAUGAACAAUUUAAAAGAGCUUUUAAUCCAUAGAAAUAGAAUCAGAUCGCUUAAUUACUUAGCAAUGCCCAAUCUACAAUCAUUGGUAAAAAUAAAUGCAAGUUAUAACCAACUGGCUUAAAGUGAAUUGGAUAAUAUAGCUCAUGUAACUCUUCACCUCUAUAAUUUAAAGUAGCUAGACCUCUAUGGAAAUGAUGUAUUUAGCUCUCCAGCUUACAAAUAUAGAAUCACAGAAAACUCAUCUCUUGAGAAGCUUGAUGGUUUAGAUGUGAAGGGAGUUGUUAAGGACAGAUUAGAUAGGUUAAGAAAGGAUUGGCAAGUGAACUACUUAAUUGAGGAAACAAGUGAAGAAGCAAAAAAGUGGAUAGAGGCCGAAAGAGAACUCAAAGGGGCUGCAUUAAAUAUUCUUGCAAAGAAAUAAGAGAGAAUAACUUAGGAAUUCGAGAGCUACAAGAAAACAGUAGAUGAGUAAGCAUUUCAUUUUUUAUUUCAUUUUAGUGAUGUAUUGAACUUUAUUACUUACAUAUCAGAUUUGAAGUAGCAACGAAAUCAAGGAGUCAGUGAUAAGAUUACUUUUGAAAGUUUAAAUAAUUGGAGACAUAAUAUAACGUACCAAGAAAAUUAGAGACUUGACAUGCUUGAAGACUCACUAAGGCAACUAGAAGAUAAAAGAAAAGAAGAAAUGGAGGAAGUUGUAACAACGACUCACUUCCUGGAUAAACUUCAUGAAGUCUCAAUGUAGAAGCCUGAUAUUUGGAAUUACAUGAAAAAUGAAGAAUACAAAAACUCAAAACUAGAUCAAAACAGGAAUACACCAAAGUUGCCUAACUAAAAGUUGCUUAGCUUUCAAGCAAAUAACAGAGGAGUAGACAAUAUGCUCAAAUCAGGUAUUAGAGCAACUGGAAAUCGCUUUAAAAAUGAUGUAUAGGAAGAGAACAUUGUAAACAAGGACGACUUUACAGAUUAAGCAAAUAGAGAGUUACAGCUUAAAGAGAACUUUGAAAAAAACUCUUAGUACUUUAGUUAAUCUAAGAGAGGGAAAAAUAUGAACUAGUCAGGAAAUUUGUAACCAAUGAGCCCAUAAAAAUAUGAAAAUGAUAUUGGCAACCCUAAUAAUAUUUCGUAUAAUAGAGGGUAAGGCAAUAGCUUUCUAGAAUAAUUUAAGAGUGACCCUGCUCCACUAAAUGCUUCAAUUAACAAUAAAAAUCAGAGCAUUAGAUAGAAAUAAAUGCCCAUUCCUAUUGAAUUUUAGGAUCCUGAUAACUAAACUAUAGCCAAAGCUAGUGGUAAUCCUGUGAGAUAAUAGCCAGGAUAAUCUGGAAUUAGAGCGUCUCAGCAACCUCCAUAAGCAAAUAAAGACGCAAAAUCUUGUUUAAUAUUUUGA